ACCAAUUGCGCAGUCGCGUUUUCGAGAUUUCGACGCGCUCAAUGACCGCAUUCUAAAUGUGCUAAAGAGCCAUUUCCAAACAACUCAUACCAAACCCACCUACUCCACUUCUAGUCACAAUGACUGCCACAACCAUUGACCCAGAAACAAGUCCCCAAACUCAAAAACCCCCUCCACCACCCAGCAACCCCGCGCACGAAGAGCACCAAUACCUCUCCCUCAUCCGCGACAUUCUCCAAAAUGGCGAGCACCGUCCCGACCGCACCGGCACCGGCACCUACGCCAUCCCCUUCCCCGCCCAAAUGAAAUUCGCCCUCUCGCACCCCUCCGCCGACCCCACCCAACCACCCCAACUCAUCCUACCCCUCCUCACCACCAAGCGUGUCUUUCUCCGCGCCGUCAUCGGCGAGCUCCUCUGGUUCAUAUCCGGCAGUACACACAGCAAGCCCUUAUCAGACGCCGGCAUCAAAAUCUGGGACGGCAACGGCAGCCGCGCCUACCUCGACAGCGUCGGCCUCUCGCACUACGAAGAAGGCGAACUGGGCCCUGUCUACGGCUUCCAAUGGCGCCAUUUCGGCGCUGAAUACAAAGGUCACGCACACGACUAUACUGGCGAAGGCGUUGACCAGCUCGCUGAGAUAAUCGACAAGCUAAAGAACAAACCGUACGACCGGAGAAUCAUCCUGUCCGCCUGGAACCCCGCUGAUAUCAAGAAAAUGGCCUUACCGCCUUGCCACAUGUUUGCCCAGUUUUACGUUAGUUUUCCGGGGCACAAGCAAGGCGAGGAGCGGCCGAGGGGCGUGCUACAUUCGCUGCUGUACCAGCGCUCUUGCGAUAUGGGACUCGGUGUCCCGUUUAAUAUCGCGUCGUAUGCGUUGCUGACGCAUAUGCUGGCGCAUGUGUGCGAUUUGACACCGGGAACUUUUACGCAUACGAUGGGGGAUGCGCAUGUGUAUCUUGAUCAUGUGGAUGCGCUCAAGGUGCAGGUUGAGCGGGAGCCCAGAGAGUUUCCUGAACUGAGGAUUAAGAGGGAGAUAGGCGGGAGUAUAGAUGGGUGGUUGGAAAGUGAGUUUGAGGUUGUGGGGUAUAAGCCGCAUGCGAGUCUUGCUAUGAAGAUGAGUGUGUGAGCGGAUUUCGGUUCUGAGUACUUUGAAGAGGAAAGAUGGGUAACUAUUAGAUGAUAUAGAUAUGAAUCAUGCAAUUGACGUUAAUUUUCCUUUCGCUUUUCUCUUCUUUUCCCCCUCAAAGAAUUUAUCCGCUUCAGUCUUACAAAAUGCAUACAC